AUGGACAAUAACGCUGAUUGGUCUACCGAUUCCAAUGAUGCCAUUUACAUAUCUCUUGUCACUCCAAGUGCAGGAGGUACAACUUCACUCCACACCUUUAACCCGAAGUUCACCUAUCCCAUAUUCGGUGAGGAGGAAUCGAUAUUUGGAUACCAGGGUUUGCGAAUCAACUUGAAAUAUAAUGCCUGUGAUAUGCGACCCGGUGUACAGAUUACCUACAACAAGAAAUUCAAAGCAGUGGGUGAUAUAGAACCAACGAAUUUGAAGGCAGUGCUGGAACCAUUUCUACCGAAGACUGCUUUCGAGAAAUCAAGCGUUUUCGAUGUAAAUAUUUCAACCAUCACAGCAGAUUGGCAUCCACCAGGAGAACUCUUUCGCGAAAUCGAAGUUGGUGGAGAAACCUUUGAGAUAUGGAAAGGCAAUCUCUCAGAUCUCAACCCGCGCGCAGCAACAUUUUUCGAGAAAACUUCACCAUACGUAUUCAUGGGCUUUGGUACCGUGUAUCGCUAUUACAUGUACACGCCCUCAACUCCACCACAAUCCCCCAAUGGCGAUAAGGUAGCUCCUGAAUUUACCCUGCCUGUUGAUGGAGUUUCCUUCAACACUCUUCCAUGUCGUUCAAGGAUAUCGCAAUUUAUCAUUCUUCCCCCUUUCCAAAGUGGAGGCAAGGGUUCCUUAUUCUACAAUGCCAUAUUCGACUACUUGUAUGAUGACCCGCAUACAAGAGAGAUCACAGUGGAAGACCCAAAUGAAGCAUUUGACGACUUAAGAGACAUCAACGAUCUAGUUCGUUUACGUAAAGACGAACGAUUCCUCCAACUAAAACUCAACUCAAGUUUUAAAAUCAACCCUAAAGGCCCGGCACCUGCGACGCUUUUUGACACUAAAGAAUAUGAAGAUUUGCGAAUUCAGAUGAAAAUUUCCCCACGACAAUUCGCCCGCGUCCACGAAAUGUAUCUCCUAUCCAUAAUUCCUCAGUCCGUCAAAGCAGCCCCCCUUCAUGACACAGAAGAAGUAUCUAGAAAAUCUCUACCGCCCCCCGGGAAAGAAGAUGAACACAUAUAUCACCUGUGGCAACUCCUGGUUAAACAACGUCUAUAUCGUCAUAACAAAGAUGCAUUGGCGCAAUUGGAUCGUGGAGAUAGGAUCGAUAAAUUAAAUGAGACUUUAAUGGGUGUAGAAGCUGAUUAUGGGAGGUUAAUUGAGGCGGUUAACGAAAGAUGUGAGAAGGAAAAUCCAAGCACUAUUGGAAAGUGGAAAGGAAAGAGCGCCAUGAAUGGAAAAGGCAAGAGAGCAGUUAGUGAAGAGGAAAAUGAUGAUGGUGAUGUUGAAGACGAUGAAGAAGACGAAGAAGAAGAAAACGAUGAACCGUUGGCCAAAAGGUUAAAGUUUACCUCUUAA